AUGCAGAAUUUAAUUGACUCAUGUACAAUGACAAGUACAAACACAAAAAAUAUACCAUUUAUAAGUCACUAACUAAUAUUGUUAGUAUUAGACAAUUACUGGUAAUUAUAAUUAUGAUCCAAUGGUAAUUAAUAUUACACGCCCUCUCUUCCUUUCUCUCUCUCUCAUUGUCUGUCCUUGCCACAGAAACCCUGAAAGAAACCCCAGCAAACGGGAUUUGUAUUGCAUUUGAGCUCUGUUGUAGUACCUGAAAACCUUAAUCAUCCUAUGGAGACCAACAACAAACAACAGCAGCAGAAGAAGAAGUGGUUUAUGCCACUGGUUCUGUCUCUACUACUGUCCACCCUGCUCAUACUUUUUUCCAUCUUCGUCUCCUCCGAUUCCUCCUCUCUGCUCUACCUCUACCGUACACGUGGCAGACUCGAGGAGCCUCGUUUCGUGGAGUCAAAGCUGAGGCUGUCCGCCACGUCAUCCAGCGAUUCCGUUCCCAGGAUCGCGUACCUGAUCUCGGGGUCAAUGGGCGAUGGCGACACUCUGAAGAGAACCCUCAAGGCCCUUUACCAUCCCAGGAACCAAUACGCUGUGCACUUGGACCUCGAAGCUUCUUCUCAAGAAAGAUUGGAGCUUGCAAACUUUGUGAAGAACGACCCUCUCUUUGCGGAAGUGGGCAAUGUUAGGAUGAUUGUUAAGGCCAACUUGGUUACUUAUAGAGGACCCACUAUGGUCACUAAUACCCUCCACGCUGCUGCCAUUCUGUUAAAGGAAGGUGGACUCUGGGAUUGGUUCAUCAAUCUCAGCGCUUCCGAUUACCCUUUGAUCACUCAAGAUGAUCUGCUGCAUACACUGUCAUCAAUUCCAAGACACCUUAACUUUAUUGAGCACACCAGUGAUAUUGGCUGGAAGGAAGAUCAGAGAGCCAAGCCUGUUAUCAUUGAUCCAGCUCUUUAUAGUGUCAAUAAGUCUGAUUUAUUUUGGGUGACUGAGAAAAGAAAUGUUCCCACCGCUUAUAAGCUGUUUACAGGUUCUGCAUGGAUGAUGCUCUCUCGCCAAUUUGUUGAAUAUUUGUUAUGGGGAUGGGAUAACUUGCCUAGAAUUGUCUUGAUGUAUUAUGCCAACUUUCUAUCCUCCCCUGAAGGGUAUUUUCACACUGUCAUCUGCAAUUCUGAGGAGUUCCGAAACACUACUGUGAACCAUGACCUCCACUUCAUAUCAUGGGACAACCCUCCAAAACAACAUCCACAUUUCCUUACAAUUGAUAACUACGAGCAAAUGGUUGACAGCAAUGCUCCGUUUGCUCGAAAAUUUGGCAGGAAUGAACCACUCUUGGAUAAGAUUGAUAAUGAACUCUUGAGACGAAAUGAACAUGGUUAUGUGCCUGGCAGGUGGUUCGACCAAGCAAAUCCUAACAUCACCAAACCAUAUUCUGCCAUAAGAAAUAUCACUGAACUUAAGCCUGGCCCUGGAGCAGAAAGGCUUAAACGCCUUAUCAAUGGUUUGUUAUCAUCAGAAGAUUUUCACACUAAGCAGUGUUCUUGACACCCAGGUUUAAUCACCUUGCUAUGCUCAUUGCUGUUUUUCCAUCACUCAACAGCAACAAGCAAACAAUUAUGAUGUCCAGUUGACAUCCAAGGUUGUUUCGAGACCAAACAUGAAAUAUGAGAAGACAGAUCAGAAAACAUACGGAACAAUUUCUUCAAAAGUACGCCUUCCCUUCAACUUCUAUUUUUACUCGAAUUUUAACGUGACCACACAUUUGUAGUCAAUACGUAUCCAUUGAUUCACAUGAUAUAUUAAAUUUUAUGGAUGACAAGGACUUGUCAUCAAUGCAAUUGUUGUACUCCUUAGAAUGUCUUUAUAGCAAAUAAGAGAUUCAAUGAUAUAACACACGGGUAGAGUGCCUGGUACGGUUAGGCUGGAAGUGCACAAGCCCGUGAAAAGUACUCUUCCUAGUCUUUUAUACAAGGACAUGCUCAAGUAGAUGCCACUUAUUUUGCUUUUUUUUUUUUCUCUCCCUUUUCUUGAGUUAUUACCCUCAUGAAUUGAGGUACGUUUGAUUUUUCUUUCAUGAAUGAACAUUUGUUA